AUGACAUCUGAAAGCUAUUAUAUCAACCAAGUAAUUGCUUCUAAUUCUGAUUUUCCUCGGGAACUUUCCAACUUGAUAGGCAAGAAAUUGUACAAAUCGAUGUUAAAUUAUUUUGCUGUAUUAAACUUAAGGUGUUUAAUUACAUCUGAUGUCACUGUUCCAGAUGGAAAUGUUGAUCAAAUGUAA